AUGUUUACUUUCUUAAAAGAUUUCCUAUUAUGUUUCGUCAUAUUCAACCUCCAUAGCAUCGUUUCGACGUCAUGCGAAGAAAUUAAGGAGGACACGCUGGACAGGGGUGCACACAGCGACAGAACCGGCUUGUGGUUUGGACCCCGCCUCGGAAAAAGGUCCCUGAGUCUGGCAGCAGAGGACAACGGGCAAAAACUCCUGAGGCUCUUGGAGGCAGCGGACACCCUGAAAUACUACUACGACCAGCUGCCAUACUACGAGCCACGCGUGGACGAGGCUCCUAAAGUUAUCAAGAAGGUCAUCUUCACGCCGAAGCUGGGGAGGAGCCUGGAGAGGAGCGAAGAGAAGAGGAGCUACGAGAAUGUUGAGUUCACGCCUCGCCUGGGCAGGAGGCUGGGUUCGGACACCGUGGCCACACCUGACCAGGAAAUCAGACCCAGCCGUGAGCGCGUGGACAUCAGAUCGGAGUACUUCUCGCCGCGGCUGGGACGCACCGUCCAGUUUUCCCCACGUCUGGGCAGAGAGCUGGCUUACGAACUAUACCCGGAGAACGUUCGAGUGGCGAGAAGCGUGAACGAGACGAAAUCGAAU